AAAUAAAAAGAAUUCUCAAUCAUAUUUUCUGAACUGAGUGUAGAAUUGAGAGAAAAUCCCAGUUACAUUUUCUGUCGUUGAAGGUGCUGAACCCUAAUGCCAGGUUUAAGUAAAGUUUGAUAGUGUAAUAACAAUGGAGAAGAGAGUUAAAGCUGAAGAUUAUGCAUCUCAACUACCACAACAUUUGUUGCAUCACAUCUUGUCUUUCCUUAGUAUUAAGCAAAUUAUUCAGACAAGUGUUUUAUCAAAAACUUGGUAUCAAGCAUGGAACACUCUCCAUAUUUUGGAAUUCGAUUUCGAUGACAUCUUUAAGCAAAACAGAGCUAAAUACAUGGCGAUUGAAUCAACUACCAACAUGAACAUACAACAACUGUAUAGUUUUGUUGAUCAAAUUUGGCUGACCAGGCGCCGGCAAAUGAUUAGUUUAAAGAAAUUUACAGUUAUUAUGCCUUGGUCUUACCAAACACCAUCCAUGUCGGCAAUCGAUCAAUGGAUUGGCUAUGCUCUUGAGAGUCAUGUCAAAGAACUGAAAGUUAAACCUGGUGAUUUCUUGAACAAUGAACCAGUGAAGUAUAUGGUGCCACUAUCCGUCUUUGAUUCAAAAUGGAUGCAGGUUCUGUGCCUGUAUCGCUCCAAGCUGAAGUUGCCGUUUUCUGGUAAUGUAAAGCUACCUUGCUUGAAGAAAAUCACUUUUGAAUUUGUCGAUUUGGAUGAUAACUUUAUCAGAGAACUCCUUGCUGGUAGUCCAAUGCUUGAAGAUAUAUAUAUCAGUGCUGUUUCCGGCAUCAAGGAAUUACAUGUAUCUAAUCUUGUGAAACUUGGAAAAAUUUUCCUAAGGUUUCCUGAUCUUGAAAAACUGACGAUCGAUGGACCAAAUCUCGAGUCAAUUACAUUACAUUUACGAAUAGAAAAACAUAAGUGGUGUAAUAGCGUAAAUCUUGGUGUUUCCUGCAAAUAUUUAUCAAUCUCGUCUCCAAUUUCGGACAAAUGGUUGAAUGAGCAGCUGAAGAGGUUACCUCAUCUUGAGAACUUGGAAUUAUAUUUCUGCCCUAAACUGGAGAGGAUUGAGAUCUCGAAUCCUCUUGUUAGCAAGUUGUUCAUAAAUCGUUGUGACAAGCUGAGUAUUGUUCAGAUUGAUGCGCCUUGUUUACGCUACUUUACAUACAUCGGUGACAUUGUUUCAGUAUUGUCUUCUUUAAAUCGCAUCACUCUGUCAGAGGUUUCGUUGCAUAUUAAUUCGAAAAACAUGGACAUCACUUGGUAUGUCAGACUGAUUGAACUAUUGGCUAAUCUCAAUACUUCUUUCAAUGUAUUGAAAUAUGUAUUCCGAAGCUGGACAGGAAAGUGGAUUGUUAUUCCAGAAGAAGCGAGAAAAAUGGUGGCUCCUCCAUUAAGUUAUGUUAAAGAAUUGAAUCUUAAACUUUCCGGAGGAGAAGCUGUUCCGAUGGCUCAACUUGAGGAUGCUAUGUCAUGGAUUGCUCCUCAUGCCCAGAGUCUUAUUUAUACCUAUCAAUAGGUAUUAAGUUGAUUGGAAGCUCGGUCCUAUACGUAUUAAGUUAAGUGUUGACAAUGACAAAAAUUAAUUUUUGCUCUAAUUUUUAAUUUUUCAAGAUAUUAUUACACUAUUCUCAUAGAAAUUUCUUAUGUAGUCA